GAUGGCUUUGGUCAGGGAGAGACGCCAGGGGGCAGGAAGAGCCGGGCUGGUCUCUGGAAAGCGCUGGGAGCUGGGGUGGCGGCUUUGAAAGGGCCACUGUGCCUUGGCACGGGGAGGGGCCAGCAUCGCGUAUGGGGGCCAGGCAGUGGCACUGCGGGAGGAGACGCAGGGCACAGAGAGACCUUCCUGCCAGCAGCAGGCUCCUGAAGGGAUGGGAGUGCGCAGGAAUCCCCUUGGCUUCCCAGCAGCCUGGUCAGGGUGAUGCCCACCCCAGCUGACUGCGCUCCUGGAGACCAGCAGAGACUUUCGCGUCUGAGGAGAGGGCCAGCUAAGCUGGCAUCUGGCUGAGAUGGCUUGGCGCAGGCUUACCCUGGUCAACCUGCUUGGGCUUUGCUUGACCAGCUGCCUUCUGUGCCCUGCUAAGGGCUGUGGCCCGGGCAGGGGGCCGGUAGGACGGAAGCAGUCCAGCCGCAGAAGCCUGGCCCCACUGCAAUACAAGCAGUUUGUGCCCAACGUGGUGGAACAGACCCUGGGGGCCAGUGGCAAAGCCGAGGGCAAAAUCAGCCGCCACUCGGAGCGCUUCAAGAUCCUGGUGCCCAACUACAACCCUGACAUCAUCUUUAAGGAUGAAGAGAAUACAGGUGCUGACCGGUUGAUGACAGAGCGUUGCAAAGAUCGAGUGAAUGCCUUGGCCAUCGCCGUCAUGAAUAUGUGGCCGGGCGUAAGACUGCGAGUGACGGAGGGCUGGGAUGAAGACGGACACCACCUGCCUGACUCUCUACACUAUGAGGGCCGGGCGCUGGACAUCACCACCUCUGACCGUGACAGGGAGAAGUACGGCAUAUUGGCCCGCUUAGCUGUGGAGGCUGGCUUCGACUGGGUGUACUAUGAAUCCAAGGCGCACAUCCAUGUUUCUGUGAAAGCAGAUAACUCCAUGGCUAUUCGUGCAGGCGGCUGCUUCCCUGGCGAUGCGACCGUGACGCUGCAGAGCGGCGAGAAGAGGAGCCUCUCCAAGCUGCGCCACGGAGACUAUGUAUUCAGCGUAGAUCAGAACGGACAAGUGACCCUUAGUGAGGUUCUGCUCUUCCUCCACCGGGAGCCACACCAGCAGACCCUCUUUGUGGCCAUCGAGACAGAAGAACCUGUUCGCCGGCUGCUACUUACAUCCUCUCAUCUCAUCUUCGUUGCACGGGACCCGGUCAACAGCACAAUGGACUUUUCUCCUGUGUUUGCCAGCAGAGUAUGUGUGGGGGACUCCGUUUUGACAUACCAGGGGGGCGACCUUCCCUUGCAUCCUGCCCGAGUUGUCCGUGUUUGGCAGCAAGAGGGCACUGGUGUCUAUGCCCCCUUGACCACUCAUGGCACGAUCCUGGUCAAUGAGGUGCUGGCCUCCUGCUACGCAGUCCUUGAAAGUCACCAUUGGGCUCACUAUGCCUUUGCCCCCUUGCGCUUUGUCUACGGCAUCUUCUCACUGCUGUCCCUGAAGGGGGACUCCAGAAACUGCAGUGCUCAAGAAACAGGCGUGCACUGGUAUUCACAGGUUCUGUAUCAUCUGGCGUGGGACUUGCUGGGCCAGGAUGCACUUCGCCCCUAAGAGGCUGGCUGGGCUGCUUGUUUGCCAGACAAAGUUAAGCUCAUCAAGUCUUUAGACAAAGGGAGACCCCUGAGCAUUUGCUUGGCUCCAUAUCUCCUUGCCCUCCUGGCUGGCUAAUGAUUCUAGAGCUGAGGUCCCUUUAAAGCAUCAACCUUUGCAACAGAGAAACUAGCCUGUGGCCACGUGGGAGUUGGAUUGAGGGAUUAGGUCAACUGAUACCAGUACUCCUGCCGUAGGUUGCAUAUCACAGGCACUGGACUUCCUACAGAUGUGUUUGGGGAGCUUAAAAAUAUCUGAGGCAUGCUGUGUUCUCCUAAAUUUAGCACAAAGUCAAUAAGCCCACUGUCUUAAUUUUAGCAGGUGAAAUGGAUUUCCCAUAGGUGACUUGAUUGACUGGGCUUAUAAAACCAGCAUAAGGUCAGCCAUGCCUGUAAAAAAAAAAUCCCCCUGCAGCUGCCUUAAUGGGAUAAGUCAGGAAAGAGCGAGGUACUGUACAGUAAAAACAAGUGCUGGUCAUUUCUAGAUGACCAGAAGAUAUUUCAACUUCCUCUAGCUUCAGAAAUGUAUCUGAGUAUUUCUGUGCUGUGCAUUAGAAGAAAGGUAACACACAGGUUGGCUUGACCCUUCAAUUUGGGCAGGUGAUAUGGAAACCUGCAAGGCCUGUCUAACUCAGGGCCAGUGGGGCUUUUCCAAGAAGGUCAAGAAACGUGCUGGGGGCCAAAUAUGAAAUAAGAAUGGCUUAUAGCAGAACAUGGGUAGCGUCUGUAUAGCUUGACAUCCCUUUCCUUACUGAGUUUCAGCACUGGAUUCAAGAAAGAAGGAAAAGAGGCAAAUCCAACCUUUUUCAAGGCAAGAUCUCAUAACCAUCCAUGCUGGAAUGAUGAUUGAAUGGUGGUACAGGUCAUCCUCAACUUACAACCAUACGUUUCAUGGCCAUUUGUGGAGUUAAAACGGCAUUGGGAAAAAGUGACAGGCCCGUUUUUUUAACAUGAGUGUUGCAGUAUACCUGUGGUCAUGUGAUCAAAAUUCAGACGCUUGGCAACUGGCAUG